CUUUCAAAAGACCUGAAAAGUUUGUUAACUGAUUUCCUUCAAUCUGACCCCGGCUUUUUUUCUAGUUAAUCUGUCAAAGAAAAUUCUCAACAAGGUUUAAUAACGGUGUCGUCUUCUCCUUAUUUCUGGAAAUUCGAACCUGUUCUUUUAAUCCGAAUGUCCGUGUUCUAAAUUUUUUUUUUGGCGAAGAUGUUCCUCGUUUCGAGGCUGUCUCGAGGCAGAAAUGGUCUCCUGAUUUCAAUCGUCCUUUUGGCAUUUUUAUUGGGUUUUCUGUCCAGUAAUUGCGUGGAUGCAGCGAGGUCGAAAAAAUCCAGUGGAGCGGAGGAGCAGUGUGACGGGGACUCGUGCGGCAGCGACAGUGACCCGAGACCGGGCAUGCGAGGUCGACGGGUGACGAGGAAGGCCGCCGCGACGCGACGAUCGGCGAGGCGAUUUGUCGCGAACAGGCGGAGGAGCAGUGUGACGGGGACUCGUGCGGCAGCGACAGUGACCCGAGACCGGGCAUGCGAGGUCGACGGGUGA